CCAAAAAUCAACAUAUGGCGCGAACCGACGGCAUCUCGCGCACGCUCCGCGCACCUGGCCAGUUCGAGCUCCUAAACGUCACGCCCGAUGGCGACUGCUUUUACAAUGCCGUCGACAAGCUGCUGCCUGAGUCGCCGCGCCCGCCAGCUCUUGAGAGCGCGGUGACGAUGCGUGAAAUGGUCGCCGACUCACUCACUGAGGAAAUUGUCGACCUGUACCGCAUGUGCGCAUCGGCCGGCGUGGAGGACUUUGCCUGGCUCAACCACCACCGCGCGCCGAUGACGCUUGACGAGGUGCGCGCCUUUGCGCGGAAGCGCGGCAGCGAGGAGGGCGCAGGCAAGUGCCUGUGGGCCGACGAGCACGCGAUGCGCACCGUCGCGUCGACCGCCGACGCGGUGCUGCUCCUAAUUGACGAGCAGGCGCCCUCGUCCGGCAGCCGCAGCGGGAGGCGGCGCGGCGACGACGCGCGCGGCGAGGACUCGCGCUUUGUGAUGCUGGGCGACAUCGAGCCGUCGGCGCAGGACUCGCCGGGCGGAGCGCUCACGUCGCCCGCGCGCUGCCUGAUCCUCCACCGCUCGCGGCGGCAGCACUUCUCGCCCGUCCGCCACCGCGGCUGCGGGCUCAUCGACAUCAUGGCGCUCCCGGAGGAGACGAGGGCGCUGUGGCCGCGCCUGCGCACCCUGACCUGCACGGCCGCAUCGCCGCCUGCGGCGGCCGAGGAGCAGAACAAGCGGCAGCGCGGGCGCUAAGCGCGCGCGGUAGGUGCGCAGCGGCAGCGGCGGCGCGUUGGCGGCGCGGCGCGCGCGGCCAUGCCUGCGCGCAUCCGUGAGCACGGGCAGCAGCUCGACGAGCGCCUCUUCUAGUCGGGGCGUUGUGCCCGGAGCCGCACUCCAGUCCGGACUGCACUCUCGCGGGCGAAGUUGUACCGUCCCAUGGGCAAUGCUCGCUACGGUUCGCAACAGCCCGGGGAUCGCGCGCCGAUCGUACAGUACGCAGUGCGGCGUUUGUGGGGUUGGCCCUGAGCGGGUUGGUUUCCUCUUUUCGUCCGGAUAUGGUUUUUGUCGUACGCUCGCGUGUUGAACACAUGUGUGUGAUCUCAGAGUUU